CAGAGUAGCUAGUAGUGCGUCCGAAUGAGAAGGUGGGGGAGGAUGGGGUCCCAGGCCAGAGCCUCUUUAUCCCUGGGGAUCCCUCGAAGUCAGCCAGCGCCUUGUGGGUACCCAUCGCUCGGUGUCCUGGAAUCAAAUCUGGUCUUGGCCUAUGGCCGCUGGCUUCAGCUUGGUUUAGAAUGGUCUCUAUGAAAGGUGGUAGUUUUAACGUGUCAGGUUUAAAGUGAUCUGCAGGUGCGGUGUGGGCUAACUUGCUACAUUAAGAGUCUUUGUCCAGGGAUCAGCCUGUAAUGCACAGAUAAUGUGUGUGUGUCCGGGAAGGGACUACAGGAGUAGUAACGUUCUGCUGGGAAACAUCUCACAGCCUAACCGAUCUGUUCAGGUUGAACCGUGUUGCCCAGUAUUAAUUUCAAAGCCGGGUCUUUCCUUCUUAAAGGAGGAGUUCAUUUAUUUAUUCAUUCCACUCAUGUUGACUGUCCUGUUGUGUUCCAGACCGUGUUCUAGGCUCUGGGGAAACAAAAAGCCCUGUGUUGGUGGAGCUUACAUUCUAGAGGGGAACACAGGCAGGCAGUAAGAGAGCAAACACACAAAGAAGAUACUUUCAAAGAGUGAUAUGUGCAGUGAAAAGACAAGAGCAAUGAGAUAGAGAGUGGUUGGCGGAGGCCUGGGGAUGCUGCUUUAGCUCAGGCAGAGCAGCCCCUCCGUGACAUCUGAGCCAAGACCUGAAGGCUAAGCAGGAGGUAGCCACGUGAAGACUCUGAAGAAGGGUCUUCAAGACAGCUCCUGCCAAGGGCAAAGAAAUCAUUACAUUCUGAGAAGGAAUCGUGACAUCCAGUUUAUGCUUUAAAAAAAAAAAAAAAAAAAAGGUCAUUCCAGUUGCCAUGGAGAGGAUGGUCAGGCCUAGAUUUCAGGCGAGUUGGAGGGGGAUGAAAAUUCAGGACAAGUUGAGUCUCUAGUGCCUGUAAAGCCUAUGGGUCAGGAUGCACAGGAGGCAAUUUGAAACUCCUGUUUGGAAUUCAGGAGGGUGAUUGGUUAGAUUUGGAAAUUGUCAGCAAAUAGAAAAAUAUCUGAUGCUUGGCAGUGGAUAGGGAUGCCCAGUGAACAUGGAGAAGAAAUGUGAAACUAUUGUUAAGGGUAGAAAGCCCCAAAUGUAACAGGCCGAGUGUCUGGGAGAAGCCAGGUAAGGAGACCAAGAAGGAGUAGCAAAGUAGGAGAGAGCAGACGGGGUGGUAGGUGCCUAGGGAACAGAGUUUUGUGGAGGUGAGGAUAAGAGGUCAGCAGGAGGGACAGAUGCCUCAGGAAGAGCAAGUGGCAUCAAGAUGGAAAAGACGAAGCCAUCAGAGUGGACGGGUGGAUGUGAACCUGAAAUUGGCGGCCGCCGUGGUCACUGCCUGAAGGAGAGAGUAGGGCCCAGGCUUUGGGGCUUAGCAGCAGAGAGGAGCCAAGAUUAUGGACGACUGGCCAGGCUACGACUUGAAUUUGUUCACAUACCCACAGCACUAUUACGGAGAUUUGGACUAUGUCCUCAUCCCUCAUGGCAUCGUUGUGGACAGAAUUGAACGGCUGGCUAAGGAUAUUAUGAAAGACAUAGGAUACUGUGACAUUAUGGUCCUCUGUGUACUUAAAGGAGGCUACAAGUUCUGUGCAGAUCUGGUAGAACACCUUAAGAACAUCAGUCGAAAUUCCGAUAGAUUUGUCUCUAUGAAGGUUGAUUUCAUCAGACUAAAAAGUUACAGGAAUGACCAGUCCAUGGGCGAGAUGCAGAUAAUUGGAGGUGAUGAUCUCUCAACACUGGCUGGAAAGAAUGUCCUCAUUGUCGAGGAUGUUGUCGGAACCGGGAGGACCAUGAAAGCAUUGCUCGGUAGCAUAGAGAAAUACAAGCCCAACAGGAUUAAGGUAGCCAGUUUGUUGGUGAAGAGAACACCUAGAAGUGAUGGCUUUAGACCUGACUGCCUCCGGAGACUGAAAACAGCCUUGCAGAGCACAAGCAGCCACUUCCUCAGCCUCCUGUGCGGUGAACUUGGAUUUUCCCAAUGGAGACAGAAGGUAACCCAUCCCACUUCUAAAGACCCGCUGUCGUGGAAAUAUUUCCCCACUUCUGUAAGAGUUACUGUGUUCUAGGAAACUGAAACCCUAAACCACACUCUCGACCCGGAUGUCUGGUUAAUUUGGGCAAAAAAUAGCAUUUGGGAGUUUUACUUAGUUUACCAUCGUAAAGUUCCUUUGGGUGCCCUGAUGACGUCUGAGGACCACUGGGCCGGCGAGUUUCACGAAGGGAAAAGAGGAUCACGGAGGGACAUCUGGGAUUUGGUGCUGGGAAGUGUGCGGAGUAAGGAAAGUGGAUGCAUGUGGAGAGGGCCGCGAGGCUCCAUGGCCCCAGCCGUACCCCAUGAGUGGUUCUGAACCCUGUGGAGAAAAGUAGGCAAAGAUGUCAGCAGAAAGAGCUGUUUUCCUAGUAGCCAUCAUGCCACACAGUGGAGCCGCCAGGCUGGUCUCCACAUCUCACUGGGGAUCAUGGUGCAGCUUUAGAGUGGGAGAAGUCCUGGGAAAGCAGCUCCGUUGGAGGAUCCCAAGGAUUCUGCAGUUAGGGGAGUUCUUGGGCUGGGAAGGGUGUCCACAUUCAGGGCGCUUCACAGGAUGCCCCCUCCAGAGACUUCACAGGCCACAGGCUUCCACAGGGGACCAGAGCAGCCCAUGGGAGGAAUGUUGAUGGCCACAUGUGAGAAAGCUCUGAGCAUCCCGGACACACAACUACUGCAUGGGUCGUACCGUCCAUGCUGCUGGUACCCUAGGCAAGGAUGCCUGGCCGAGGGGAGCAAGGAGGAGCUGAAAUCCAGCCCACAUGCCACUUGUCAAGCCAUGGACUGCAUCAGCCUUCAGGUAGGCGUGUCCUUUUCUUAAAGGGGUUUCUUUUUCUAGGCCACCAGAAAAGGUUAUGUUUUUGCAAUUUCUCAUCCACAAAAGGGUGGCUUUUUCUGCCAGGGUGAGCUUUGCUCAGAAAUAGGUAGGGGAGAACACGGAGACAGGGUGUGGGUUCUGAAGUCCUGCAAUUUCCAAGUGAUAGGAAUAAGCCUGAACUAAUGUUACUGUGACCUCAUCCGUAUCCAGAUCCUAGUGGGUGUUGACUAGUGAAUAAGCUGUGUGUGAGGAUGGUAAAGUUUAGAUGAUUUGUUCAAGAAAUCUGGCUGUGAAGAGAAGAGACACAAAACCAUAGCUAGAGGCCUUGUAAAAGAUGGAAGAGGCUUGUGCAUCUUUAUUCGCUGUAGAGAACAAAAAAAAUCAAACAGAAUAGUAGAAUGUAUUCAUUGUUGACCGCUGUGUAACAAAUCACCCCAAUACUGAGUGGC